UUGCAAAGUCCAGAAAUGUUGCGAACAAUUUCUAAUCCAAGAGUGCUUGAAGCAUUCCAUCAAAUUCAUACUGGCAUGGAUACUUUACGUCGUGAAGCUCCACAACUUUUACCUCCUGGAUUUUUUCCAACUGCUCCAGUGGCAGCUACAACGACGUCUAGUACUACUUCCAGUGAUUCAGUCACAACUGGCGCAGCACCAGGUACGGGAACGACGACAACGACGACUUCCUCUGCUCCAACCACCGAACAAGCGAUGAUGAUGCUUAAUUUAAUUAGACAAAUGACUGGCACAACUCUUGGUGGAUCGACACAACCACCAGAAGAGCGUUACCGCAGUCAGUUAGAGCAGUUAACAAGUAUGGGAUUCAGUAAUCAAGAAGCGAAUAUUCAAGCACUACUUGCGACAUUUGGUGAUGUAAACGCCGCUAUCGAUCGACUUCUAAGCGGUACUGGACAGCAGUGAUGUAUUCGUAAAAGUCAUUCGCCACUUCUUUUUGAUUGGUUCAUCUUUGGAAAUUUUAUUGUAAAUUUUAACUCGACUGCAGAUCAAAUUCACUUCUUUUACAAGCUGAAAUCUUUUAAAUGAAAGUAAAAUUAUGUCUAUCCUACUGAUGUUUUACUGUUUGUUUAAGUUGCGAACUCGUUUUUGGUUUGUGAAAGUGAUAUGAGACAGGUGCUUCUAAUGCGCUUUGACACAAAUGAAAUGGACAAAAUUUGAUUUCAUCAUAAAAACUACCAUAAACAUUAUUGUUCCUACGGCGAAAACGACUUCAUUUGUGCUAUCAUGAAUUUGAAAUUUCUUAUGGUUUCGAAAAUUGUAUUAGGCUUUCCUUAUUCAAAUAGAAAUUGUGACAAAUUUUAUAAAAUAUCUCUCUUUCA